GAAUCCAGAAAGUUGUGGCAGUGAUGUCGGCUCACACAAAUGUCCACCGGCUCCGUAACUCCCCUUUCAUUUCCCAACGUGAGAUAAAUAUGUCAGCAGCAGCGGCAGCGUCGCUUUUGGAAGGAAAGUAAAGUACAGUGUCAUCCACCUGUUCUGAUUUUCCGAUUUGAAGGUCCAGCUGUCUAAGAAUUUGCCUAAAAACAUUUGGCAUCAUGCCGUCGCCUCAAGUUCUGGAGCCAGUGCUGAAAAUGAAAGUGAAUGAGCUCUUUCUGAACUGGUUGAGUGCCCCUGAAACACAGUCACUACUCAAAGACUAUCUGGAUGUGAUCAAAAGUGGACAACUUAUCGAUUUAGCCACUGGAGAUGAACCGGAUAAAAGGUCAUUAACCUUCAAUGAGAACAACAAUGUGGCAUCCCAGAAGAACCUGGCAGAGAAGAAAUUUGCUUCCCUCGGUACUCCCUCCAGCCCCCCAUCUGUCGUUACCCUGCCAACACGCAGUAGCAGUAAUACCAGAGUAACGGGACCCAAUGGAAGAAUACUGCGGCGGUCUGUCAGCACCAAGAAGGCCCAGGUGAGGACGGAGGAGCCAGUCACCACAGCACUGAGUGAAAGCAUUCCCAAGUUUUACUUCCCACAGGGCCGGCCCCAAGCCAGCCUCAACGUCGACGGCCUCAUUUCCAAAAUUGAGAAAAUAUUUUCCCAAUUCCCUAAUGAAAGGGCCACCAUUGAGGACAUGGGGCAGGUUGCCAAGGCCUGUGAGUGUCCCCUCUAUUGGAAAGUGCCAUUGUUCUGCCUGGCUGGAGGCGACAGGACGGGCUUCGUGUCUGUUCACAAGUUUGUUGCUAUGUGGAGAAAAACUCUGCAGACCUGUCACGAUGACGCUUCUAAAUUUGUGCACCUCCUGGCCAAGCCUGGCUGUAAUUACCUGGAACAAGACGACUUUAUUCCAUUCCUGCAGGAUGUGGUCAACUCACACGCAGGCCUCGCUUUUCUGAAAGAGGCGCCGGACUUUCACUCCAGAUACAUCACCACGGUGGUUCAGAGGAUAUUCUACAACGUGAACCGGUCUUGGACUGGAAAAAUAACCUGCACUGAGCUCAGGAAAAGCAACUUUCUUCAGAAUGUGGCGUUGCUGGAGCAGGAAGAGGACGUGAACCAGCUCACCGAGUUCUUCUCCUACGAACACUUCUACGUUAUCUACUGCAAGUUCUGGGAGCUGGACACCGACCACGACCUGUACAUCGACCAGAAGGACCUGGCACGGCACGACGACCAAGCCAUCUCACAUAGGAUGAUAGAGCGGAUAUUCUCAGGAACAGUAACAAGGGGCAGCAAAGUCUAUAAAGAGGGGCGGCUGAGUUACGCCGACUUCGUCUGGUUCCUCAUCUCUGAAGUGGACAAGAAGACAGACACCAGUGUCGAGUACUGGUUCCGCUGCAUGGACCUGGACGGCGACGGGGUGCUCAGCAUGUACGAGCUGGAGUUCUUCUACGAGGAGCAGUGUCAGAAGAUGGAGAUCCUGGGCAUCGAGCCGCUCCCCUUCGAGGACUGCCUCUGCCAAAUGCUCGACCUCGUCAAGCCAGAGGUCGAAGGUAAAAUCACUCUGCGGGACCUGAAGAGGUGCAAGCUGUCCCACAUUUUUUUCGACACAUUCUUCAACAUCGAGAAGUACCUGAUCUACGAGCAGAGAGACCCGUUCGCCGUCAUCCGGGAGGUGGAUUCAGACGGCCAGGAGGUCUCAGACUGGGAGAGAUACGCUGCAGAGGAGUACGACACCCUGGUGGCCGAGGAGGCCGCAAAUGAUCAGUGUAACGACGUGUAUGAAAACCCCCUGAGCCCGCUGGGGCAGCACAUCUCCACGGAGCUGGGUCUGACCAAGAGGCACUUCUUCGAGAUCCCCACGCCGCACUGCAACCUGGACCUGGACGAGUACGAGUACGACGACGACUACGAGUGACGGCGGAGGAGAUUCACGCUGGAAAAAAUCGAAGCAAGUCACGCUUCGCCAGACAGGAAACAGGAAGCAGGCAGACGGAGCGAUUCGUCUGGUCGGCGCUCACCAAGUCGCACGCAGCACGGUUCGGACCUUCGCUUAGAAACUUCUCUCUGCAUGUAAUCCUCUGCAUCAGUAAUGUGUGUGUUGUACACUGGAGCUCUUUGAACACACACACACACACACACACACACAUACACAGAAACCACAUCGAUCUGAUUCAGGUACAUUCCAGUGAUCAUGAAUAACCAGGAGUUUUCCCAUGAUGCUCUGCAUUCAUCAUGACGGUUGGACUCUGACGUUUCUGCUGAUGCCAAAUAAGUCCACUGUUGAGCCUUCUGCACACACACACACACACACACACACUCUCACACACACACACACACACACACACACACACACACACACACACACACAGAGCGUACGUUGUACAUCUUCACAUCCAUCAUGGUUUUUAACGUGUGUGUGCCACGGGGUUAUAAAUUAUUAGAGAUGACUUUAUAAAUGACUGUAAAUAUUUAUCUCGUGCUUGCAGUGUUGUAAAUGAUUUGGGGAAAGCUUUAGACAUUUUUUCUAUGUUGCAGAGUAUUAAUCUUGUACUUUGACAGAAGAAAAAGAACCAUUUUAAAAUGUUUUGGAUUUCUUUGGAUUAAUAAUAAAGAUUUGUUCAGUGGAAGAGUAAAAACUGGUUUCAUGUUUGUUUAGAGCACGAACUAAAGUGUAAAUAAAAUGAUGUUCUUGAAGGAG